GUCUCUGUUUAUAUAGAGGUGCAAGAUACUUCUCUUUGUGCACGUUCACUCUCUCAUCCUUUAGAACUAUUGAUCAUCCACCAUCUCCUAGAGCAUAGACCUGCAGUCAAAUCCACAAGCACCAUCCAUACACUAUCAAGAUGCAUACACCACAAACCCAAGUAAGCUCACUCAUCCUCGCCAUCCUCGUCCUCCUUCACUCAACAAUCACGACCGCCGUACCGCAAGUGACCACAGUCCCCGCCAUGUCCGAGAUCUCUGACGGUCAGCCGCAAGCACCAUACAACACUGCAACUUCAACCUCAGCUUCAGCAUCGGUAUCAUGGCCGUCAACAAGCUCCACGUCGUACGACAAUCCCUUCACAAGUUACACCAGCAUGACAAACUCGCUGGGCGUCAUCACCGGUAUGCCCUCUGUCGUUACCAGCCAACCCUCCGUCGUCACAUCGCAACCGGUCUUGCCCACGUUGUCGAGCAGCUCGGGAUUCGUGUAUGCGAACAGUACAGGGACCACAAGCAGCAACAGCAACAGCCAAAUCAGCGCGUACGGCUCAACAACGAUCUCAUCUCAAACGAUACAUAGCAGUACCACUGUUACUGCAAGCGCGAAUGGGAUGAGUGCAAGCCCGAGCUCGACCAAGGCAUCAGCGACAUUCGCGCAAGCCACUGGUGGCGCCACAUUGAAUCGCGUCGCCGGCGCUGGAGUCGGUCUGGUGGUUUUGGGGCUGGGAUUCUCGUUGCUGUGAGCGGCCAGAU